AUGCAAACUCCUCCGCGUUCAUUUCCUGUAGAUAAUAAUGGUUACAUUGACGAAUCAUAUCUAGACACGUUAUCAAGGAACACUAUUAACGUACAACCAACAACACAGCAAUCUUCGCGACCACCACCUUCCAUCGUUACAAGAGGAAUGUCCUUACGAGGCGAAAACAUAAUAUCACAGGUUGGGCGCGCAUUAGACGAUGUCGAGGAUCUAGAGCCAUUACAUUCGCCAAAUGACGACGAGAUGGAUGAUCAAACUGAAGAUAUUGAUGAGUUUGAUCGACAAAUCCAAACUCUAAUGCAUGAUUUACAAGUGGCUUUCUUCGCGAUAGCUUUACCGACGUUGGCGAGAUGGUUGGGUCGAAGACUCUCAAUGUGGGCAUGGACGAGUUAUAUACAGUGGUAUUAUCAACCACGCAUCUCGGAUGAACACGAUAAAAAAGAUAAAAGUUCGAGACGUUGA